AAGGGAAGAAAAGCCACUCGCAUACUUAACCCGCUGUUACCUACUCUCCUCGGCGGACUCGCCUCGUUGCACAACACACCCGGAACCCCUUCGCCUUUUUUAUACAACCAACCUUUCCUGUCUGUUGGGACGUAUCUUGCGUUUGAUACAGCCCCGUGAUGGAUCUCUCACCUCCAUCCUUGACCAGGUCACCGGCGUCACCUCCAAGUACAAAUUGCUCUGACAGCCCUACUCUGGACUAUCCCUCUCCGGAUUUUGUUGACCCCAUCUACAAGAUUGCUUCCAUGUUUGAGCAGUCUUGCGCGACGAUGCCUAACAAUAUGGGUUCCGAAAACUCGCUCCCGCCUCUGGACGUGAUGACCUCGACCGGCUGGAGUGGGACACCCGUGAUGCACCCUAGCUCGACAUCAGGCGCGCCGAAUAUCAUGUCGGCCGACUACGACACUUUCGCUCACUACGAACCUAGCAUGCAUGCGUCGUACAGCCACGAAUUAUAUUCGUCUCACCCGUCCCAGGCAUCAGUUCUCUCAAGUAGUACCCCUCCCCCAAUGUCUUCGGGUGCCUCUCGUUCACCGGAUCCAAACUCGAGGCACGCUUUCGGCUACUCCCAUAGUGUUUCGCCCAUACCGCGGAUUAAGAUGGAAAAUCCUAACGCUAUGGCAGCCGACUAUGGUAACGGUGCUGAGUUAACUCAGUACCCAUCCCCUCGCUCUGCUCAGUCUUUGCCUUUAGAACCUAGCAGCUACGGCUCGACUGCCGGUAGCUCUGGCUAUCUGUCGGACGUCCCUUCAGGUUCGUGGCCAAGGUCUGAGUACCCGUCUCUCGAGUCGGACCAAUUCUACGCCGGCCCUAGCGCUUCAGGGGCUGCCUUCUCUCACGACAGGCGACAGCUUCGUGUACCAAGGACGCAAAGAAGACAACCUAGGAAGCUAACGACGAAAGAGGAUGCUAACUUCCAGUGCGAAGUCAAGGGUUGCGGCAAGCUGUUUAGCAGGAGCUACAACUUCAAAGCUCACAUGGAAACUCACGACGAGAAGAGGGAAUACCCCUUCCCCUGCACAGUACCAGAUUGCAACAAGAAAUUUGUGCGGAAGACGGACUUGCAAAGACACAACCAGAGUGUUCACAUGAAAGAGAAGAACCACAAGUGUGACUAUUGUGGGCGGAUGUUUGCGCGGAAGGAUACCCUUCGAAGACACAUGGAAGAUGGUUGCUCUAAACGCUUCGACCUGGGUACUUUGGACUUGCGCGCCGAGAGUUACGAUGCCUAUCCAGCGCCGACGAGAACGCUCGGUAGCACUCCAGGACACCUUGUUGCGCCCGAAGCUCAACUACCGUCUAUGACGAUGCCUCAGCAACACCACCAACAGCACCCCGGGAGCAACCUUUUGGCACCUAUGCCUUUUACGAAGCGAUGAAUUUCUUUAUUAUCAUUACUAUUAUUCCCCCACUACGAUAACGACGAAGACGAUGGGUUGGCAGGGCGGCAUUCUACCUGUUCCGGUUCUACAUUGUCAUUGAUUACCUUGUACGCAUACCCUCGGGAC